UUCCCACGAACUUUUUAAAAACUUUUGCUCUUUCCUCAGCCUCGCGCCCACGUGGUUACGGCGGGGCGGUCGCAUUCGCUACUGGCCGGACGUCUAAUUUUGCAUGAAGUAAAUUGGCUGGCUGGGGGAGCCGCUUCACUUCGGAGCCCUUCGCUGACUAAACCUGGAUGCUCCGUGUUAGAAUUGCCCUUUAAGCUGCGGUGCAGACUGAGCUGCUGAGCGAACGUAAAGUUUGUAAACUCCUCUGAGGAACUAAAGCUGCAAUCAAGAAAACCCAACCACCAAGACCUUUUAAUAUCGGAUAUCGAUCGGCGCAACUUGGACUCACGCGUAUCCCACUUCAAGUCGCUUUCAACCUUCUAAUACUUAAUAGAAGUUGUCCGCACAAGUGAAGUGAAGGUCUGGGGCGCCGAGACAGCUGCCGGCAUGGAUAACGUGGAAAAGCCCAGCAAAGUAGCACCCAAAGCUGGCAUUUUCAGGUGUUCGGUGGCACUGCCAACGCUCUUGUGCCUCUCGCUAUCAUUCAGUUCGGUGGUGUUUUGCUUUUUGGUGAGCUUUAAAACGUCUCAGCUAGAAGAACGAGUUAAAGUUUUGGAGCAAACAAGAGCGCCAACCUUGCAGGACAACAUUUUGGCUCAGGAUGUAACUUUGUUACCUGCUUUACGGGACCUGAUCGAAAACGUUCUGCAAGAGCGAUUAAGUAAGGAGAUGCCGAAACGGCGGACUGUCAGGGACGCCCCUCUGGAGUGCUCCUGCCCUCCGGGCCCUCCAGGGAAACGAGGAAAGACAGGAAGACGAGGUGAUCCUGGGUCUCCAGUAAGUGUAGCGGUUUUGUGAAGAUUUCCUUUCUUCCUUUUUUUUUUAUUCUGGCUUGCUUGCCUGCUCUCCCUCUUACUUUCUCUCUAUCAUUCUCUCUGUACUUUAUCCUGGGAUGCAUUUGUGGUUUCAUCAAAGCGCGUGGUGCUGCUUGGUAAGAAAAUUGGUACCAGAUGAUCCAACUUUUUUGCUCAGUAGAAUGUAGACAAAUACAGCCUUUUCCAGCUUUCCUGCUUCACACAAUGCCCUGAAGGAGUUUCUUUCUCUGUGCAAUAUAAGAAAGGGGUCAAUUAACCCUCCCCUCCCAAAAUAAAAAAAAACAUGCUUAGUGAAGCUUUUUUGAUUCUGUUGUGUGUCUAAGAGGUUCAGAUGCCACAUUGGCAUUGUCAAUAGCCAUGCAACUGUGGAUCAAAGUGAGUCACUCCGGCUGAUGGCGGGUGCAAGGGGAGGAUCUACAACAGCCAAUCAUCGGGUCCAUUAAUGGGCAACCUUGCCAGUAUAUGCAGUAAAUUCUAAUUAUGAGCAGGCUAAUAGAACACUUUCCCUUAACUAAUACAGUUUAUUAGACGGAGGAAAGGCUGCAUCAGCAGUUAUGUGCAAAAUUCUGAAAAAGCUGGGUAUAUAUAAAGACUCAUUAACCUUA